UUGAACCUGCCGGCCUUUCUGUGUGGAGUUUGCAUGUUCUCCUCAUGCCUGCGUGGGUUUCCUCCGGGUACUGCGGCCUCCUCUCACAGUCCAAAGAGAUGCAGCUUGCCAAGGAGCUCAGGCUCGGGAUAGACACGCAGCACUGACACACCUACAGACAGAGGGACCUGACGGACAGAGUCCAGCUGGCUAGUCAUGGCAGCAGCAAGCGGAACAGAUGUGCGAGGGACUUUGAUCUAGGGUGCCUGUAGCUAUUUUGGAGUCUGGACGUCCUGUGGUAUUGGCUUCAUCUCUCUGCAGCCCUCCGUACGGCAGGUGUUGUUGAGGAGCCUGCCAGCUUGACUUAUUAUUGGCCCUCCACUCUCCCCUGCACACCCAAUACCACCUCACCCAACACCUGGCUGGUGCUCGGGACCCGUUCAGCUUCUCUCUGUGUCAAGGCUGGCGAUGUCCAGAGUCCCGAGCCCCCCCUCCCCGGCGGAAAUGUCCAGCGGCCCCGUGGCUGAGAGCUGGUGUUACACUCAGAUCAAAGUGGUGAAAUUCUCCUACAUGUGGACCAUCAACAACUUCAGCUUCUGUCGCGAGGAGAUGGGAGAGGUCAUCAAAAGCUCCACUUUCUCCUCCGGAGCCAACGACAAACUCAAAUGGUGUUUGCGUGUGAAUCCUAAAGGUCUGGAUGAGGAGAGCAAAGACUAUCUGUCACUUUACUUGCUCUUAGUCAGCUGCCCAAAGAGCGAGGUGCGCGCCAAGUUUAAGUUUUCUAUCCUCAAUGCCAAGGGAGAGGAAACCAAAGCCAUGGAGAGCCAGAGGGCGUACCGUUUUGUCCAGGGGAAGGACUGGGGUUUCAAAAAGUUCAUUAGGAGGGACUUCCUGCUGGAUGAGGCCAACGGUCUACUGCCCGACGACAAACUGACACUUUUCUGUGAGGUGAGUGUGGUGCAGGACUCUGUGAACAUCUCAGGCCAGAACACAAUGAACAUGGUGAAGGUUCCUGACUGCAGGCUGGCUGAGGAGCUUGGAGAUUUGUGGGAAAACUCGAGAUUCACUGACUGCUCCCUGUGUGUUGCUGGCCAGAAAUUCCAGGCACACAAAGCCAUCUUGGCAGCUCGCUCGCCGGUGUUCAGUGCCAUGUUUGAACACGAGAUGGAGGAGAGUAAGAAGAACCGUGUGGAGAUAAAUGACGUGGAGCCAGAUGUCUUCAAAGAAAUGAUGUGCUUCAUCUACACGGGCAAGGCCCCCAACCUGGACAAGAUGGCUGAUGACCUGCUGGCUGCAGCUGACAAGUACGCUCUGGAGAGGCUGAAGGUGAUGUGUGAGGACGCUCUGUGCACGAGUCUGUCUGUGGAGAACGCCGCAGAGAUCCUCAUCCUCGCCGACCUGCACAGCGCCGACCAGCUCAAGACGCAGGCUGUGGACUUCAUCAACUAUCAUGCAGCUGACGUGAUGGAGACAUCAGGCUGGAAGUCCAUGGUGAUCUCUCACCCACACCUGGUAGCAGAAGCCUAUCACUCCCUGGCCUCGGCCCAGUGCCCCUUCCUGGGUCCCCCGAGGAAACGCCUCAAACAGUCUUAGUGGUCCAGGGAGAAACUCUUCAGUCCUGACCCUGCUGUGUCUUCCUGUACCAGCAAACUCACUGCUCCUCCCUCCCAGUCCUCCUCUCACUCCUACAGCAUCCAGAGACGCCCAAGACUGAUACCCAGGACUUGGCUAGAUAUGGCUAGGGGAGCUACUCAGCUGGGCAGAACAGAGGCUGGUGCCACAGAGGAGGUACUACACAUCUCUGUAGGUGGGGAUGGGGAGAAAUCUAUGAGAUCUGAACCAGGAUAUUUAUGGAUUGCAAGCUCAAAGCCUCACGUAUUCCGUAUAUCCUUCAUCUUCUACGCUAUUGGAAAAGCUAGAACAUUAGUCUGCAAGUCAGUCACAUAAAGAAAUGAUCUUCUGGCUUGAAACGGAAAUGUCAAUGCUGAGUCCCUGUAAAUACAAUCUUGUGACAUAUUGUCUUGUACAGUGUCUUGAGUGUUAAAGCCCAAAAUGUGCUUGCAUGAAGACAAGUGAAGAGGAUCAACCAACCAGAAAGUGAAAGACUAUUGUGUUUGUACAAAGUGUUAUUUUUCUAGAACAUAAACAAUUCUCGGUUUGAAUGAAAGAAGACAAAUCCGAACACGUUUUAAUGUUCUCUGUUUGUAGCAUAUGUCUUAAAAUGGGCAGACACUGUGGAUUAAGCCUGAGUUUAACUCUGAAUUGUUGCCUCUGACUAAUUUUAGAAUUUGGGUGAAUUUCUGCCCCAUCAGCUGCUGUUUGACAUGUGGUUUGAGGGCGGUAAUGACACCUGAUUGAUGACCUGAAUGAUCAAUGAUCUGUCUCUCGGGUGAUAUCUGUCAGGUCAGAAAUUUUGGUUGGCUAUUUUGCACUUGAAGCAGUUCCACAGUCCAAUUUCCUACAUGGCUGCUAUUUAAAGAGCCAUUACAAACUGUAGUGGGCUUGUUUUAAUGUUGUUGACAUUGAGUAGUAUUUUACAUGUUGUGGCUUAAACUAUACGGUUUUUGCUAUAAUAUAAAAGUGUUUGCUGCAGAACAGACAGACCAUUUUGUCUGUAUCAUUCAGCCAUCUUACUUUCCGUCAGGGCUGAACAAUUAAUUGAAAUAAUAAUGAUAACUUUAUUUAUAUAGCACCUUUAAAAACAGGUUUUACAAAGUGCUUUGACAAACAAAUCAAAAGUAAUGAUAGUCAAAAGCAGGACAAAAAUAAGGUAGAGUUAUAUCUAUUCAAUAUAGAUAAGGACAAUUAGAGGGAGCAGAUGUCAUAAAAAAAUACACACAUGCACGCAAACACAGUAAAAGCAAUAAAAGGGUGAUAUGGAGAUGAUAAAAGAUGAAAUUACAAUUCAAAAAGACAAUAAAAAGACAACAUCACAUAAACGCAAGUCUAUAAAAAUUAGUUUUAAGAAGUGACUUAAAAGAAGUUACUAAAUAUUAUUGAAAUCGCAAUAUGGCCAAGUGCAAUAUCUAAAUGCCAGGAGUCGCAAUGUGAAAAUCCCAAUAUGAUAUUUUUUGCAUAUCGUUCAGCCCUGCUUUCCGUUCAUAGUGUAACACUAGCUUUCUCUCUUUUGUCAACAUUGUUGAUGAUGAGGAUGUCGUUUUGACCUUCGAUCCAUGCUGACGUUUAGUGUGAGCUCCGUGUCGUGUCCAGUCCGUUGAUGUUUACAGUGUGAGUAUAAAAGUCAUAGGUUCAGGCCAUGCAGAUUGAAAUGUGUAGUGUGAGUUAACACAACGUAGAGGAAGAAUAAAAACACACAGUGUCUGCCCAGCUUUAAGGAACAGAUUGGAAGAAACCAUCAUGUAAGAAAACAAGCUUUUUAUUCACCUGUUGAUCACAGAACAUUCCCAAUGACUGAAACAAUGUGUUGGCCCCCGGAACCUGUAAAAUACAGAUUGAAUUUCUCUGGCAUGACGGUGUCAUUUUAAUCCUUGAUAUCUUCAUUAUUGCUCAUUAUGCAGUUUGGUCAGUUACUGACUCAUUAAUGCACGGCCUCUUUCAACUUGCUGCCAGAUCAGUGUGUAUGAAUAACACGUUUCAGUUUCAACAUUAAUCUUGUCAUGAUCAAAGUGCGAUCCCCAGCACACGUGCUGUUCCCCCUGUCUGUCAUAUCCAGCUGCAUCGCAUGUAGACUCCUCUCUCACUCAUAGCCACAGGCCUGUUUGACUUGUCCGCCGUGGGCUUCCUUAGAGAACACACAGGUUGUAAUCACUUCUGAGAGAGUUGGACCUUUCUCUUGGACAGUAUUUUAACAGGGAUUUCUCUGUGUUGACUGAAGUCGAGGCCUAGUGGGCUUUAAGGAAGCUCAUUCCUGAGCCCUGCAAAUCGCUCCUCAUCAAACAGUCAGCCCUGACCACCCUUCUUUGGGGAUAUUCCGGCGUUGUCCCGACGCUCAUCAAACUGAGGGAAGGCCGUUAUUCUUGAUGCAGGGAGCAUACUGUAGCUCCAUGAUGGAGCACAUACAGUACUAGUAGACUGUUGAUUCAGUUACAUCAUUCAUAUUUGCUGAGCGGCGUCACAUUUUGAACACAUGAAGAUGGAGUUGUUCAAUGCAAAGAUCAUUUUUAAAAAUGUAUAUUUUAGGCGACAUUUUAUAAUCUGCCAUCAGACAGACCGGACCAACAAUAAUAAAAAGUAGAGCUGGACAAUACUGUAUAUUAUACAAAAAGUUAUUAAUGGGACUUAUAGUGAAGCUGAUUAUCUCAGUUGUCAGAGAUUCGCUUAAAUUUGUGUGCUGUAUUUUGUCCACACUGUCAGUGUCUUGUAUGUGCUGUGUGUGUGUGAACUGCCAAAGACAAUCCAUCUUGAUGGACAAUAAAGUUGUACUCCUCAGUGCUCCCUAAAAUAUUAUCACAUUACAGUGCUGGGUGAUAUGACAGAAAUCACUAUCACACAUACUG